AAUAAUAGAUUUUAUUCCAGUCCUCUGGACAUGUAAUAACAACUAGAAGGUGAUAAUUAGUGGAAAGAUAUUUACUGGACUGUGAAAUUUCAAAUUGAUUUAGCAACAUAGUGAGCAGACACAUAGCAUCAACUGGGAGAUCUCCGGCCCUUGUCACGCUUCGCAGAACAGCACCAGCCAGGCAGGCAAUGCCAACACAUAAGAACAAGUGGGUUGUGAUGGAGUACAGCCGAUGUAGCGAACGCCAACUAGAUAGAUGUGGCAGCGAGGUAAUCCAUAAAUCCACAUAUUGAUUGCUUUUAAUGAAUGACUCUGUUAUUAUCGUGGGUACUGCUCAACGUAUAUAUUCUUUGUCUGUAGGCAGUCGGCAGUGACACAAUGCUGUAUUGAACUUGUAUAGCUAUCGGUAUUGAUUAGUUUUCGCCUUGAGUUUCAUAAGUUCUGACUGUUCAUUUGACCAGCUAUCAUUUACUCUACAGCAUUUCUUGCGUCUGGUUAUAAUAUAGCACAACACUUCUAUUGGAUUUUACUGUUUUGUUUAAAGCCUUACUCUUUAGUGCGGAUUUUUAAGCACAAGUUUAAGUUGAUUCUGUUUCUAAUGUUGCAAGGUAAACGGUGGCAUAAACUUGUCAAACAAAAAAACACAGACUUCAGUCUCAGAAAACUGGAAACUCGGUAAGGAUAUUUAUUCAGAAUUUGCAUUAGCUCCUUUUUGAAAUCACACCAGCACAAUGUCUAGAAUUUUGAAGCCAGUGCCGGAGCGCAAAGCCAUCAACCCGUAUUUAGAAUGCGAUUCAUGCAACACGCAAUACGAAAUAGGAAAGAAAAUGAUUAAGACCUUACCAUGUCGACAUACAGUUUGUCGUCAUUGCGUUGCUGCUGUUACCAAUGAUGGCAAAAGACCUUUUGUUUGUCCACGUUGUCGCUAUACAAGCGAGAGUCACUUACGGCGUCAAAGUUCUCAGGAAUUAUUACAUCAGGCAUCGCUUAGUCGGGAAGUAUCACUGAGUAAUAGAUCAUUGCAAAGACAAUUAUCGCAGUCAUCAAUAUCCAGACAUGACAGUAUCCCUCGAAAUGUUGACAUCAACAAUUUGAUUGGUCGUUAUGAUGGCGAACGUAAAGACAUUCUUGGUGAAGCUCCAACUUGCGAAAGCUGUGACAGAAGGGCGCACUCCACAGCCUGGUGUUCCAGCUGCGCAAUUUUCCUUUGCCGUUAUUGUAUUUAUGCACAUAAACAUUUAAAAUCCCUGUCCGGACAUAAGUUGUACGCACUACGAGAGGGUAACAGUGGUAAUCAAGCAAAAUCCGUUUAUUGCGAGAAACACAACACGCAGCUAAUGACCUUAUUUUGCAAGGCCAUCGACUGUCAGAUACCCAUGUGCAAAGUUUGUGUGGCCGAAUCUCAUAGCACAUCGAACCAUGAGAUCGUAGAGAUAAGUCAAGUAGCCAAGGAACACAGGAAAGAGCUGGAAAAAUUAGUUGAUACAAUGGUUGGAAAGGAAGAAAGUUUACUCAAAUUUGUACAGAAUGCACAAAAAAUGCUACACGAGUUCAACACCAAUACAAUGCGUGUUGAACGUGACAUGAAGGAAUUUUUUGACAACUGUCAUCGAGCAUUGUACGAGAGAGAGAAACAUUUGAAUGAACAACUCUCCACUACAACACAUGACAUGACAGUGCAGAUUCGAACCCAGAAAGAAAAUGUAGAAAAAAUUGUAAACAGAAUCGAUUCAACCUAUCAGAUAACUCAACACGCACUCCAAGGGACUGAUGAUGUUGAAAUUGCACAAGUACGCAACCAAAUGAAGAUAACACUGCGUAACAUGAGAACAACACUGGAUGAGCUUUCUUCGAUGAAUGUAAACAUUCAACCACUGGCAAAUAGUUACGUUAAAUUUAAAUGGGACCAUAACACUUCAUGGGAGAGUUACAAAGAAAUAGUGCGUAAACUUGGCGAACUCGAUGCUAGUAACACGGCACCGUGUUUAACAAAGGUGACACUAAAUGCUGCGUUCGCGGGUCAGGAAUGCCACCUUUUAGUUCAGACCAUUGAUUACAAUAUUCGGCCAAAGAAUGCGGGAGGUGAUAAAAUUAGUGUGAUUAUACAAUCAUCUGAUAAGAAGUCGCUUGUCACUACAAUAAUGGAUAAGAAAAAUGGGCUUUAUGAGGUAUUAUAUGUGCCUCCUACACCUGGCAACUAUGAGCUGACAGUGAAUGUUUUAGAUCAAACAGUUUCCAGAAAAGACGUACCUUUGACAAUUCACGUUGGAUCUUUACGACACACAAAAUAUCCUGCCCUCGUUGGUGAAUCAAGCAAAGUUUUACUGGAAACAUUCAAUAGUAAAGACAGUCUUCAGCAUAUUAUCAAUAAAAUGCAAUUGACAACUGAGCUUCAUGAUCCAAGGGGAAAUAUCGUACCUAUCAAUACACACUAUGAUGAUGCAGGUAAAUUUGAAAUAUCUUUCACAGCAAUGGUUAUUGGGGACCAUCACCUAACAUUGUUAAUAAGUGGAAACCCAAUCAGAAACAAUCCUCUUAUCAUACCUGUGUUCCACAAAAUUGGAACCCAAGGAGCUCGACCAGGGCAAUUCAACUGUCUAACAUCCCUUGCAAUAAGUCCUAAGCACCAUCGUGAUGUAUUCGUAGCGGAUACAAUGUGGAACCAACGCAUUCAGCGUAUUACCACCAAAGGUGUGUAUAAUGAAUCUUACAUGGUUCCUUACAAAGACUUUUCUCUAAUAAAUUUUGAUGAUUCCGGGAACCUGUACAUACUGUUUCUGAAUCAAAAGAGACUUUUCACAUACGGUGUUGGAUCUGGGAGUACUUUGCAGCUACGAUACCAUUCUUCACUGCCUCAACUUCAGUUUCCACAUGGUAUGGCUGUGAACUCUCUUGGGCAAGUUCUUAUAAGUGAUAUAGGCGCUCAUUGUAUAUUUGUAUACCUCCAAUCUGGUUCCAUGGUAAAACAAAUUGGAAGGGAGGGAACCAAUCGAGGAGAGUUUAAGUUUCCUACGGAUAUCUGCCUCAACAUCCAAGAUCAGGUUUUUGUCUGUGAUAUGGAUAACCGCCGUGUACAGCAUUUGGACAGUCAAGGAAGAUGCAUGGGACUGUUUGGAUCAGAGUCGAGUCUCAAACAGCCAAUAGCAGUAGCUUUGUCCACUGAGGGUUAUCUUCUUGUGCUGGAUCGUUCUGAUCUCAACGUAGUCGUCUUCUUUCUACACACCGGAGGUAUUGUCAACAGAAUCGAAACAAACAGCGUUGCAUCGGCUGACCGGCUUCUUGCACUGCAUGAUGGAUACUUUAUGAAGACAGACAAUACAAAUCACUGCCUCCAGAAGUUCAAGUAUGUGGAAGAUAUGGGUUGGCAAUCUGAAGAGGAUGCUGGUGGUCAAUUGCGCUCCUCAGCAGGUACUCCUUAUAGUCUGCAGAACGGCUACCAGAGCAGUCAAUAUGGCACCUACAAUGGCAGCCUCGAGGAACAGCAGAGGAGUCAAUCGCAUUACUCCCAAUCACAUUCUUCAAGUGAGACCAGUAGGACGAUGAACGGCACACUGCCAACAUCGCACUACUCUUACAGACAGGAUCAACCUCCUGACUUAAGAUAUGGGUCUCCACGUCAUGGACAAGAUCGUAUAUAGAGAAACAUAACUCAAGGAAUAAAGUUCCCAAUAUGGUUCUUUUCUUUCAGUCUAGCUGUUACAAGCUCAAUAAUUGAUAAGUGAUGCAUACCAAGAUGAAUAUCACUUUUUGGGUUGUUUAAGAAAACCCAUCAAGCAAAUGGAUUUGUCUGAGAUACGAGCAGAAUGCUUAGCAAACAGUUGCAUAUUUUUUAGAGAAGGGCAUGAGUGGGGGGAGGGGGCCCUUGAAUCCUCCUCCUAUUCACCCGAAUGGUAAUUUGCUGAGCAAAAAAUAUACUCAAGUAGUUACAAAUUACCUCAUAACACCAUAUUAAUGAAGACGUUAAAGAUAAUUGUUUCAGUUUUAUUUUUCAAAACACUAUUUCUGCUUGUGUAGAGUACUACAGUGUUACGUCACGAUACCACGUGAUAUUGCUCCGUUGCUAUUGGCGACACUAAAUUCGUUCAACCGACGGCUUUCUCCACUGAAAAAACCAUUGAUCCCAAUUUCUAACGUAAUUAUUAAGAAGUUGUAUCUUAAUUUUUCUUUGUAAGUGUUAGGGGUCAUCCAUAAUUAUCAACAUUUUCAAAAGAGUACAAAACAUACGCUUUAGGGUGGGAGGGGGUUGAAAGUGUAGGCAUAAGUACUUUUUUAUGAAAAACAUAAAAUGUUGAUCUCAAAAUGACACAAAUCAACAUUUUAUUGUGUACUCUUUCGGGGAAGGGAGGGGGUAACAGAAAAGAGUAUGUUUUGUACUGUUUUGAAAAUGUUGAUAAUUAUGGAUGACCCCCUUAAUUGAUGAUUAAAUGCGUGUUCGAUAACUAAUAUAACGCGAGCUUUUUGUGU